GAAAUCAGCGCGGUGAUCCACGCCAUGCAGAUUGAGCGGGGAACCACUGCCCUCUACGUGUCUUCUAAGGGGGACCCUUUCGUGAGACCAAGGCUACUCCAACUCUAUAUUGAUACAGACAACGCCAUCAACGUUUUGUCCAGGUGGAUACCUAUUAAAAGGAACAGUUUUGACACUAAAGAAAACUUUCUUCAACAUAUUAUAGAGUUCCGGGAAAAUCUCAAUCCGAAGAACGCAACAUUGAGAGAAGUUAUAGGAUUCUAUACGGACGAUAAUGCCGCGUUUAUAAGAAUGAUUGGUAAAAGUUUAAAUCUCGGAAAGCCAUUCCAGUUUUGGACUGACAUUGUAUCAUAUCAGAUGCUGAUAUUUAGCAAGGAACAAGCGGGCAUUGAACGAGCACUGGGGAGUACCUACUUUGCAAGAGGUUUUCUACCAGACGAAGACUUACUUUGGUACAGCGAGAAGAAUGUACUUGGGCACAACUUUCUGCAGCAAAGUCUCCAAUACUCGGACUUCACAGACAGACUCGUGAAUCAGAUGUUUAAAGGAUCAUUACUGGAAGAAGACAUGUCCAUCAUGCGCAGGACCAUUUUGAACAACACCGUUCAAAUUCCAUCGGUGGUUUUUGGAACGAUUUGGUUUGAUAACAUGACCGAAUAUAUAAACAUCCUCAAGACAAUCCAGGAUAGGCUUGCCAACACAAUCGUUCAGUCUGCGAGUGACGAGAACAGUUCCCUUGAAGAGUCCCUUGUGUUGAGCGCCAUCGAGUUCACGGUGGCUGUAAUCAUGGUCCCUAUAAUCAUUAUGCUUGUCAGAAAAAUCAUCAGCCGAAUACACGGGUUUUCCCAAGAACUCAAGGAAAAGACAUUUGCGUUAAACGAGGAGCGAAAGCGAACUGAGGAACUACUUUACCAACUCCUUCCUCGCACAAUUGCAAAGCGGUUAAUGGAAGAUGGUUCUACUAUACCGGAAGCCUAUCAUUCGGCAACCAUUAUGUUUUCUGAUGUGGUCGGGUUUACAUCAAUAUCAAGUUGCAUUACUCCGAUGCAAGUGAUCGCCAUGCUGAAUAAACUGUAUAUGACCAUUGACGCCAGACUGGAGAACUUUGAUGUCUACAAGGUGGAAACUAUAGGGGACGGCUACAUGGUGGCAUCUGGUAUACCCGGCAGGAAUGGAGAGCGGCAUGUGCAAGAGAUAGCAAAACUCUCAUUGGAUUUGAUUAUCGCCACCGAUCAAAUAGAAGUCCCACAUUUGGAAAACGAGAAAAUUCGACUGAGAGUUGGCUUUAACACGGGUCCAUGUGUGGCAGGCGUGGUUGGGAUAAAGAUGCCUCGAUACUGUAUCUUCGGUGACACUGUAAAUACUGCAUCGAGGAUGGAGUCCACGGGGUUACCAUCGAAAGUGCAGAUGUCCGAAUCAUCGGCCAAUAAAUUGAAAAAAGUGAACGGGUUCCGUAUAUCAGAGAGAGGCAUCGUGGAAAUAAAGGGAAAGGGUGUGAUGCGAACAUAUUGGUUGGAUGGAUGUGCUAACUCAUCACCGCAAAGGUCACAUAAUGAUACAAUUAGCUCAAACGGUUCGAAUACAAGCGACGUUCAUACAAGCAACAACGACGUCACUAUGAUAAUUGUCAAAGAAAAGCCGAGCAACAAAAUUGGACUCACUACAGGGAAUUUUGGGGAUGAAAGUAUGCUUCCACGUCUGCGCAACGGCAGAAAUGACACACAGAGGGAAGACACUGGUUGCCGUUUGGAUGCUGGAGAGGGGACGGGGGAGGAUGGUGAGCUGCUUCGCCUGGAUACCAGGAUUGAAGAUUUUCUGUCGGGAUCCACGCGUAAAGACAAUGACGAAAUCAUGCAAGAACCUGGUGAAGAUACAGGAACCGCCUUAGGUGUGGAUGUGGAACCGGGCUUGCCUAGUCUGUAUGGAAGGCAGCGGAACAGGCCAAACGCCCCCGCACAAGACCCAUCCACGUACUCAAGAAUUAAUAUGUAUCUUCAAUUCGUCGACCACCUCAUACAAGAGAUGGAAAUCAGUCUAUUGAAUGGAAGGACAGGUGACACGGCUGAAAAAUUGCCUUUGGAUGUGAAACAACUAGCCCCAGAUGAUACUGCCUUUAUCUACAAUACGUAUUGUCACAAUUUGGACGUUGAUGAACCAAACCUUGCAAGGGAUGUGAACGGAUUGAAGGUCGUGUGGACAAAAUGA